AUGAGUGCAAAUGAUCUAUCCAAGCCUGAAAGUCUGGAUAACUUAAGCUAACCAUCUUCAUAGGAAGGACAAUAGAGGAAAUAAUAUAAGGUUCAUCGUUUGGGAAACAGGAAAUAAUUAUCCAAUUAAAAUUAUUACAUUAAGGAACAGGCAUCAAGCAGAGAGGAGAGAAAAUUGAAAUCGUAUUUGUAGAGGAUUGAAGAGUAACAAAAAUUAGAAGAGGCAGCCUUAUUGAAACGUAAGCGUUCCAAGCCAAACCAGGAGACUAAGAGUAGUGAAACUUAGGAAGCUCCAAGGCAAAUUGAUGAAGUCAUUAUGCCAAUAUAAGCCACAGUGUUGUUGAAUCCUUUGUUGGUGCCAUAGUAGUCUCAAUUAGAUGUGACAGCAUAAACAAAGCUUCGUCUAAAUCCCAAGCUCAAGAUGAAAGAGAAACAUCAUAUAUUCCUUUAUCUCUCUGAUUGGUACGAGAAAUGUGUUGACAAUGUGCAAAAACUCAAUUCUGGAGCCACUUAGUCAUAUUCGCCACAAAAAGUGGGCAAAUGUGAUGUGACUAAUAUACAAUCAAUUAAUUAAGAUGUGUAUUAGGACACUCUCAUUUUAAUAAAAAAUUUUAAACAUUAAUAUUAAUAAUAGAAUGGAAAUGAUUCAAAAGAGUUAUUAAGCAAAUACUCUGAUAAGAAAUUUUUAGAGACGUCAUAUUCGCCACAAAAAGUGGGCAAAUGUGAUGUGACUAAUAUACAAUCAAUUAAUUAAGAUGUGUAUUAGGACACUCUCAUUUUAAUAAAAAAUUUUAAACAUUAAUAUUAAUAAUAGAAUGGAAAUGAUUCAAAAGAGUUAUUAAGCAAAUACUCUGAUAAGAAAUUUUUAGAGACAAUUUUGAGAGAUAAUAAAUAAUAAAUAAAUAAAAAAAUUGGAUUUGAAAAGGUUCAAAUAUCAAAUGGGAAAUUUAAUUCAAAGAAGCAUUGAUAUAAAUUACAACUCAUUUUAUAAAUUUAA